AUGCGCGGCGCACUGAGGUGCAGCACCGUUAUCCGCCAGCCUCAAGCUCUUAGGCCGUUGGCGGGUAGUGGCAGAUAUGCGAGGUCGUUCCGCACGAGCGCAGCGCCACAUGCUUUAAGAGCAGGCUCAUGUUACCGCAAAAUACGACCAGAACUUGCGAUUCAAGGCGCAAACCUGUCGACAUCAUGUCCCAAACGCUCUCGAUCAAUGGCGACAGUAGUCGAUGCCGAACCUGUCUACGGCGGAGGUCCAAUUCCAGAGUACGACAGAAGGGUGGCAGCGGGAAGAUUAAGGAACGAUGAGCACCAGAGAGGAAUUAUUCAAAACUUCCAAAACCUAUAUCAUGAAUUGGAACGAUAUGACGCCCCGCCUGUCGAGCAUCCCACCAUAGAAUCCCUCAAGCCCACCAAGAAAUCCAUAUUCUCGUCUCUUUUCGGAUCAGGUGGUAAGAAGUCUGCGACGGGAAGCAUUCCAAGCAAUCUUCCGAGAGGGUUGUAUCUAUACGGCGAUGUUGGCUGCGGCAAGACCAUGUUGAUGGACCUCUUAUACGAUACUCUGCCUCCUUCUGUUAAAUCGAAAAAUCGCAUCCACUUCAACAACUUCAUGCAGGAUGUGCACAAGCGAUUGCACAAGUUCAAGAUGGAGCAUGGCAACGAUAUCGAUGGUGUGCCCUAUAUCGCAGCUGACAUUGCUCAGCAGGCAAAUGUACUUUGCUUUGACGAGUUUCAAUGCACUGAUGUCGCAGACGCUAUGAUUCUGCGAAGACUACUAGAAUCUCUUAUGGCAAAUGGUGUUGUUCUCGUAACGACCUCCAACAGACACCCUGACGAACUGUAUAAGAACGGCGUCCAGCGAGAAUCUUUUAUUCCUGCCAUCAAACUCCUCAAGGACCGCCUACACGUUAUCAACCUAGAUUCUCCAACAGAUUACCGAAAGAUCCCCCGACCACCAUCUGAUGUGUACCACACAUCGCUUGACAGCCAUGCCCAAGCGCACGCUGAGAAAUGGUUCCGGUUCCUCGGCGAUCCCGACCAACCGGAGCCUCGACCUGAGACCCAGAAGGUCUGGGGUCGCGAAAUCUAUGUUCCCCGAGUUAGCGGACGGGCAGCGUGGUUUACUUUCGACGAGCUAAUUCGACAACCCAAGUCCGCUGCCGAUUUCAUCGAGCUUGUCCGCUCCUACGAAGCAUUCAUCGUUACUGAUAUUCCUGGCAUGACUCACCAGCAGCGAGAUCUUGCGCGUCGAUUCAUCACAUUUAUUGACGUUGUAUAUGAGGGCAACGCCAAACUAGUCCUGACGACCGAAAAGCCCUUGUCAGAGCUCUUUAUAUCUCGCGAUGAGAUUGCCGAAAGCCUCAUGAAGCAAGGUGUCAAGAGUGCCGAUGCCGAAGAUGCAGCCGAAAACCAUGAUUUGGUACACAACGUCGAUAAACUCAAGGACUCGAACCUUUUUGCCGGUACAGAGGAGGCCUUCGCAUUUGCUCGAGCCCUCAGCCGGCUGCGACAUAUGGAGAGCAAGGAGUGGGUAGAGAGAGGCAUGGGCCUCGAGGCUUCAGGCGGCAAGUUGGACAAGGACAACUGGACCAAGGCUAGAAGUCGACAGAUGGAAGACUCCAUGUGA